CCCACCAUUACACACUACACGUUCUCAGCCUAGCUGCUGGUCCCCAACUAUGUCUUCGAGAAAUCUGCAUACUAUUCACGAGGAAGGACACGAUGAACCCAGAGGCUCCAAAUCUCUUCGCAGCAGUGUCAAACAUGAUGGUACUCAAAGUGACCACAAAGUGAGCAGCGAUAAAAGCUUUUCUGCAAGUCAAUCUUCCGUUGCAAAGCACUCUGUAAGCAAAAAGUCGACAAAAAUUUUAUCGAAGAAGCCCCGCCGAAAAUCAGCUUUCUGUCGACAAGUACUCCGCAAGCAAAAAGUCGAAAACAAAUGUAUCAAACUCUAGUUUUGCGAUGAAGAGUGAGAAUGGCUUAGAUGAAGAAUUAUCGAUCACGAAUUGGCUUUUUGAUAGAAGAGCAUUCACGAUCGGUAGAAUCUUGUUAGCAGAUCUUGCUCAAGACCCUGAAUCGGAACACAAAGAUAUUAACGAAAAAAUAAAAUUUUACGACGAAACGACUAAAUUUUGCUGGCCAAGCAGCUGG